GAACUAUUGAUUCUGCCAAAGAUGUUGGUACAUCAGCUUACGAAACAGCUUCCCGAAUUAGACACGGAUACAUGCAAACAUUAAAUUCCUAUAUCGGACAACCAACUCUUAAAUAUGCCAAUUACUUAUGGGAAAAAUUUCCACCAGUUCGUUGGUUGGUUUAUACACUUGCAGCAUUAAAUUCUAUUCCCUUGGCAGCAUUUAUUGGAUGGAGUAUUUUGACUUUUGGAGUUGUAACAGCUUUAGCAGGAGUAGGAAUUGUAGUUUCUCAAGGAUUUUUCAUGUUUUUGGGAUUUGCAGUCUUUAUUCCGGUAUCAUUUUGUCUUUUAUGCCUUGCGGGAAUUUGGGCAACAAUUGCUACAGGUUUAUGGGCUAGUUUAGGAGUCGCGAAUUUCGGAUUAGUUCAAUUAGGUGUCGUUAAAAAUCCAAAAAAUCUUUAUGGUCCUAAACGUAUUGCGGAAGCAGGAAUUCAUGAUCGUGAUGCAAAUCGG